GUUGUCGUUUUCAUGUCCAACCACUGUGUGGCGGACUGCCACUGUCAUGAAGCGUCUUGACGCGUUGAUUCUGCUACCACAUGCACGUGUGCAGCGCGGAAGGUUGCCGAGGGAGGCAGCAAACUGACCGCUUGGCAACAAGAAGACUGAUCCUUUGGCAACAAUUCUGCAAAAGCACAAACAAAUCAAACAAAUGAUUGCGCAAUUGUUCUCUGAUUUUGUUUGCAUGCAGCGCAUGACCUGCUGGCAUCUCAACCUUGCAGCUGUUGAGUGACUCGAAGGCCAGGCACUCGAUGGAGCCAAAAUUUUCGAAGGUGGCGCCAUGUUUAAACGGUUUGUGGCAAUGCAGACAAGGCGUCCUGUGGCUACGUGUUUGGUCACUGGUGCCUCAGUAAUGAGCAUCGGUGACUCAGCGGUACAACUUUGUGGCUCGGGCACCUUGGACGUCGAACGGAACGUGGUGGUGAGCGCAUACAAUGCAGGCAGCGCUCCAUUCUUCUACUUUUGGUGGCAAACCCUGGAUGGUAUGUUUCCUGGAAAAGGAUGGGCAGCAGUCGCGCGCAAAACGUUGGUGAACCAAGCCACGAUGGCUCCCUUCAACAGCGCGCUCUUUCUGACCUGGAGUACUGCCUUGGAGCCCUGGAUCAAGACCAUCCGCAAAAAGGGCAAGGAUGACCCGAAAAUGUCCAACAUUUGGGAGAAGGUGAAGAGCAAAGUUCAAUCCGAAAUACCAGAGCUCGUUGUUAGCCAAUGCGGCUAUUGGCUUCCAGCCAACGCAGUCAACUUCAUGUUCAUGCCGCAACAUCUUCGUGUGGUGUUCAUGUCUACCUGCGCUGUGAUCUGGGGAGGAUACAUCAGCUACGUUGUACACCGCUAGCGACCCAAGGGAUUCACCAGCCAACGGCAGUCAAAUCGCUGUGCUCAAGUGAGACGAGCGAAGCAGCAAGAAGCGUUGUUGGUGGGUCGUCGGAUGGGCCUUUGGCCAAUCUUGCAACCCAUGGCCCGUUGUCACUGAGUAAGGCUAGGUGGUGCAGAUUCCUUGUGUUGUCCAGAAUCUGCUGGGGUUGGCUCACUAGGAAGCAUAUGCAUGCAUAUGCAGUC